AUGCACAGUGUCACUCUCAAUCUCAGAGAAGUCGACUCGAUCCAGGCUGCAGCGGACAAGAUCGGUUCCCUGGUUGACCAUCUGGAUGUCCUGAUCAACAACGCGGGCAUUAGUCACAGCGCCAGGGAUGCAGUCGUAACGCCAAAUGGCACGAGAACAGAUUUGCAGUUCUUCAAUAACCACCUCGGCCCUUUUCUGUUGACCUCCCUCUUGCUUCCCCGGCUCGUUGCUGCCGGAGAGAAGUCUCCCCCAGGUGCCACAAGAGUCAUCAACCUGACAAGCAACGGCCACCGCCUAUCACCGGUCCGGUUCAGUGACUACGCCUUUGAUCGUGGAAUUUACGAUGGUGUUCCUGAGCCUGAGCGUCCAGGGGCGAACCUCCCAGCGUUUCUGACCAAGACCAACGAUGGUUUCCCUGGUUUCAUGGGCUACGGCCAGAGCAAGUCGGCCAAUGUCCUGCAUGCUACGGAGAUUUCUCGGCGUCUGAAACGUGCCGGGCGUGGCAAUGUCGUUGGAUUUGCCGUCCACCCCGGCUCUAUCAUGACGGAUCUCUCGCGAACAUUGGAUCCGGAUAGUGCGGAUGCUGUGACCAAGACUGCGCCGGCACACCUCUGGAAGACUCACGACGCGGGUGCUGCCACCAGCGUUUGUGCCGCUUUCGACCCCAAGCUCGGGCACGCUGACCUCGGCGGUAGCGUGUUGGGCUACAUGGCUGACUGCCAACUUCAAGAUGAUUUGGUAGCACCCCAUGCAGCUGAUGCUGAUAUAGCGAAGAGGUUGUGGGAUGAGAGCGAGAAGAUGCUACAGAUCACGACAGGUUUUUAG